AUGAGUACCGGUUUAGCCCACUGGGGAAACGAUAAAGGAGGUAUGUGAUAUGCAGCCUGUCAAGAAGCAUAUGUCAUGUGGAACUCCUCCAUGUUCUACUGCAGAAAAGGAUGUGAUUUCGCUAUGGGAAGAAUGCAAGAUCCCGAUGAUAGACUCGAAGCAGAAAAUAUGUGUAAGAUGCUUUCUAGUAAGCUCUAUGUGACUAACAAGGAAUACGCUUUGGAGGAUAUUGAGGAUUUGAGAAUCCAUGGAUACCAAUACGCUAUGAACGCUGAUAAUGUCUACAAAGCAUGCCUAGCAGGGAUUAGAAGGCAGAAAUAUUAA